CUGGAAAUGACGUCACUAUAGCAGGACUAGCUGAGAAGCGCUUGAAAGAAAGUGUGGAGUCACCGUGUGUGACAGGUCUACAGCUAUAUAAACAAGACAUUUAACUCGCACAUAUAAAUUCACAUACGGGUCUUCAUAGUGGUACCUGUUUUCACUUCUGUCAUCAUGUCUAUUAUGUCAUAUAAUGGAGGUGCCGUCAUGGCGAUGCGUGGAAAGGACUGUGUGGCAAUAGCAUCAGACCGGAGGUUUGGUAUCCAAGCACAGCUGGUUACCACCGACUUUCAGAAAAUUUUCCCCAUGGGAGACAGACUCUACAUCGGGCUGGCAGGCCUGGCCACAGAUGUACAGACCGUAUCUCAAAGACUGAAGUUCCGCUUGAACCUGUAUGAGCUGAAGGAAGGACGGCAGAUCAAGCCAAAGACCUUCAUGAGCAUGGUGUCCAACCUUCUGUACGAGAGGAGGUUUGGGCCUUACUACAUUGAGCCUGUGAUUGCUGGUCUGGACCCAAAGACCUCUGAACCCUUCAUCUGCUCCCUUGACCUUAUUGGAUGCCCCAUGGUAACAGAAGAUUUUGUUGUUAGCGGGACUUGCUCAGAGCAGAUGUACGGCAUGUGUGAGUCACUAUGGGAACCUGACAUGGAACCAGAAGAUUUGUUCGAGACCAUCUCACAGGCCAUGCUGAAUGCCGUUGACAGAGAUGCAGUGUCUGGAAUGGGAGUUGUUGUUCAUGUCAUUGAGAAGGAUAAGAUCACCACACGCACCCUAAAGGCCAGAAUGGACUAGAGAAAACGACUGCAUUUCUUCUCCUACAACCUCCUUUUUUUUACUGAAAUAGAAUUUGCCUCUUGUCCCAUUUGAUAUCAUCGAGUAGUUCAAUAAAAGUUUCUGACAAUUA